GCAGAAAAAAGCAAGUCUUCACUAGAGCUUAAACCCUUCGACAGAAACAAAAACCAUCCAUAUACAAGAGUUAACAUGGGUCCACAGUACUAAAACUUCACAACCAAACUUGCCAAUUCCACUCAUUCUUCUUCCCCAACAUCUUCUGCAAAAUUAAAUUCCUCGGCGGUUGAUCUUUGGCCUGGCGCUUAAAUUCAAGUACUCCUUCUCAACCCAUCUAAAUUCUUCACACUGUUUCGGCGGCCAAGUUCUACUCGGAGUAUCUGUGAGACGGGUAGCUGGAGACAAGAGCCUCCUUCAUUAUUGCCACAGGCCCACAAAGUCUACACGACCAACACGACCUUAAAUUCAAAGAGACAAGAGCCUUCUCGAUUAUUGCCACAGGCCCACGGCAGAGAGAGCGCAUAGUCCACACACACUAGAGCUUGAAUACAAAGACUCCUCACUCUUUUCUCAAGUCUCAACCCAUCUAAAUUCUUCAACUCCGAUUAUCUGUGAGAUAUGUAGGUAUUUGAUACGCAUCCGUGAACUCGCAAGCUACUGCAUUUUAAAGAUUGUCCAAUCUCGAGAAUUGAUCUGUGAAUAUGGAGAGCAUGGCAGCCGCAGCAGUCCCUAGUGUAAUGAUUAAUCUUAAAGCUCUUAGCCAUUACAACUAUGAGCACUGGAGGUUUCGGGUGAAAACAUACUUGUUGGCUGAAGAUUUGUGGGACCUUAUAGAAGGCAAAAAUGAACAUCCAAAACCAGAAGACAAGGAUUGGUCGAAAAGAAAUGCCAAAGCCUUGCAUGCUAUCCACAUAUCUUGCGGGGAUGAUUCUGAGUCCUCUAUAACUGGCAUGAAGACGGCUAGAGAGGCUUGGAAUAAAUUGGAAGAAAAGUUCGGGCCAAAAAAGUCAGUUCCAGCACUUUUACAUUCAGAAGAGAAUUCUGAAGUCGACUCGAAUGAUGACAACGAUGGUGAUGCUGACUUGGUUGAAGUGCAUGAGUCGGAUGAGACCUAUGGAUCUUUCUUCGAUGACGUGGGGGCCGGGCGUUGGGAAGCUGUAAAGGAGUUUAUAAGACAACAUCCAGAGGCAGUAAGAGUAAUGCAGAAAGGCCUGACAGCGAAAGGCCUGACAGCUCUUAGCCGAGCAGUCAUCCAGGAGGACGUGGACGGUGUAAAAGAGUUGCUGCUGUUUAUAAAAGAGACAGACUUGAAAAUACUAGAGGAUGCUCUUCAUAUGGCUACAAAUCCAAUAAAAUGGGAUACAGAUGAGAAUACCGAAAUUAUGAAGUGCAUAGUUGAGAAGAACAAGAAACUACUCGUUCGUAGCAUUGAACCCUAUCGACUUAUUCCACUUUCGAAUGCUGUACUUUUCAACAAGCGAAAAAUGGCCGACUAUCUUUAUUCGGUUACUUCGGUCGAAAAUCUAAAUGAGAGGGAUGGCGCUUAUCUACUUUCUCAGAAUUUGAAAGAAAAACGUCUAGAUAAAUCGUUGGAGUUACUACGGGGAAAUCCAAGCUUGGGCAUUGCUAGAGAUUUCUUGGCUGAAUCCCCUUUAUAUCAAUUGGCUAAUACGCAUGCUGAUGUUGGAUUAUUCCUGAAUGCUAGCCAGCUUGGAAUAUGGGAACGAUGGAUUUAUAACUGUAUAUACAUACCAUCUACACCUAAUAUCCGUGACGUUUCUAUAGAUGUUCAGAACGAAGAGAAAAAUCAGAAGCAUCUGAAUCGUAAAGUUGCAUGUUUCUUUAGGCGACUGGUUGCCAAUCUCUGUCACCUUUCUGGAAUCAAUCGUGCAUAUCAAAUGAAAUUGCUCCAUCACCAAGCCUUGGAAAUUCUAGAUCGCAUGUGCGAACCAUUAAGAAAGGUAAAACUAAAGGUUGCCCAAAAAAUGCUUGUUGAAAAAGCACUCUUCAAAGCAGUAGAACGAGGACAUGCUCCGAUCAUCAGUCACAUAUUAAAAUCUGAUCCAUCGUUCUGGCGGAUCACUAAUGAACAUGAAAAGACCAUAUUUCGACUUGCUGCUGAGCAUCGUCAAGACAAUAUUUUUAGCCUAUUAAACGAGUUUGAGAAAGAAAACAGAAAAUACAUUGUAGGCAUGCAAGAUAAGUUUGGGGACAACAUGCUGCAUGCGGUAGGAAAGUUGUCCCAAUUAACACAGAUUGAUCAUAUUCGAGGUGCAGCUUUGCAAAUGCAGAAAGAACUACAAUGGUUUAAGAAGGUGGAGGGCAUGGCAAGUCCCGAGGAUGUUGAUCGUACAAAUUCUGAUGGUCGGACACCACGUGAGGUAUUUAGUAUGAAUCAUAGAGAUUUGGUGGGGGCAGGAGAAAAAGCAAUGAAAGAAACUGCAUAUUCUUCUUCUUUCGUAGGUGCUCUAAUCAUUACCAUUAUGUUCGCUACAGUAGUGACAGUUCCUGGUGGAAUUAAGGGGGACACAGGUAUUCCCAUAUACUUGGACACCAAGGCAUUCCAGAUUUUUAUAGUUGCAAAUGUUAUAUCGCUAUGCUGUUCCACAACUUCAGUAUUGGCAUCUUUGGGAAUUCUCACAUCACGUUUUGCAGAAAAAGAUUUCCUCAUAUCCUUGCCCACAAAAUUGAUAAUUGGCCUUUUAACCCUUUUUAUAUCUAUCGCGGGCAUGAUGAUCGCCUUUUCUUCUGCCAUUGUCACCAUGCUUCCGGAAAAGUUAUCGAUUGUUAUUCCAUCUAUUGCGCUAGCUUGUGUUCCAAUUGCCUCAUUCCUAUGGAUGGAAGGGAAAGUGCUUAUUGAGAUCAUUAGUUCUACUUUUGGAUAUAGUAUUUAAAAGGGCUGUACCAAAAGUUGAGCCUUAAUGUUCUAAUGUUGUAUGCUUAUGUUUAUCUUUGGUUUCCUACUUUGUAAUAAGAACCUUUUAUGAAGAUGAGACAGAUUACUUGCUUAGAUCUUGUAAUAAAAUAUUUCCAACUUCCAAUUUUUAUUAUUCGGUUUGUA